UUGAUGAUGAGUCAUAUUACUCUCAUUUUAAGUAAAACAAAGUUUAAUGAUCAUUACCAAGUAAAACUGAAUUUUUGAAGAAAAAUCAAUGGAAAAUAUAUCUAAAUUGGAAGAAAGACUUGAGCAAAGUAGAAAGCAACGCAAGAUAUUGAAACAUGAACUUGGAGCUGGAAAAUCAUGUUUAUCGUGCAAAGAAAAAUGCGUUGGAGGGUUGAAUUUGCAUUUUUGGCGAAAGAUUUGCAUCAAUUGUAAAUGUCCAAAAUCAAAUCAUGAUCUUCUACCAGAAGAUUAUGAUGAGAGUCAUAUUUUUGAUGUAUUGGGUGUUAAAAUUCCGGAUCAUAAAAAUCUUUAUAAAUACAUUCGUAAAAAUCCAACAACACAUGUGCCUAAUGAUGAUAAAAAGGAAGUCGAGUGGAUACCUAUUGUAUCGGAAAUGGAUGAUGCAAAGAGAAACGAAAAGAUUAAUAAAUACUUUGAGGAACUUGGCGAAAAACAAAUACCGUUCAAAAAUUCAGACGCAUCAAAAAAUAGAAAAAUUCAAUCGACAAUGCAACUUCCACCACAUGACUUCAAUCCCGAAAAGUGUGACAAUUUGAGUGAAAUUGAAGCAUCGAAAUUAAAACAUUAUGUUGACAACCUUAAAAGGAAUUAUUUUGGACAGGGUCAAGUCGAUGUUGUUGAAAAUUCAUCUAUUAAUCCGUUCAAUAUGACAAAAACUAAUCUCAAUGCUAUCAAUAACAAUGAAAACGUUGCUGAAAUGUUUCAAAAACUAAAUAUGGGAAAUAUCGAAUUGUUAUGUAGAGGAUGUGGAAAGGAUAUUACUGGAGCAUUUGUGAAAGCUGAAAGAUUAGGCAAAGGUUCACAAUGGCAUCCAAAAUGCUUCAAAUGCAAAUCAUGUUCGCAACUUCUUGUAGAUUUGAUCUAUUUCCACUAUAAUAAUGAGAUUUAUUGUGCAAGAGAUUUGGCAGCAAUAAUGGAAAUUCCUCGAUGCGCAGCAUGUGAUGAAUUGAUUCUUGUUUCGGAAUUCACAUUGGCUGAUAAUAAAAAUUAUCAUCUAAAACAUUUUUGCUGUGGAAAUUGUGAUAAGACAUUAGCCGGAUUCAAAUAUGUUAAUGAUGAAAAGACUAACAAUCCUGUAUGCCUCUCAUGCUAUGAUUUAAUUUAUGCUAACAAGUGCUCCAUUUGUACAGAAAUAAUUGCUCCUAACGAAGAAGGAUUAUCGUUUAAGGAGAUUCACUAUCAUCUUAAAUGUUUUAACUGUUCAAAUAAAAAUUGUAACAAGCAAUUAAUUGGGAGUCGAUUUUGUAUUAAAGCAGACAUUCCAUUUUGUUCAGCCAGCUGUGUUAACAGUGUCAAGAUGACAAACUAAAUAAUUUUAUCAUAAUAAAUUUAUAAUCAUUUUAUUGAUAU